GCGAUACGAGGACGUGAGUCUUCAGAUGAGGAACAUUGUUUUGGUCUCUUCAUGAGGAGGAGUGCUUUUUAAUUCGUACUUGUCUGCUAUGUUUUUUUAAUACCGUCCAGCGAAUUUACAAGGUUUUUAAUAUUUAUUUGGCUAGACUUUGCCUGCUAAAUAUUAACCCUAGUAGGGGAGCGUGAAUAAAUUAGCGAACCCUAGAAACCUUCUAUGUAUACACAUAGUAUAAUCCAAGAUGGCGUACAUCAAGAAAAACCCAGAUGCGUUGAGACCGUUACAGGUUGAGGUCAAAAGUCAAGAGCAAUGGGAAGAGUUGCUUGGAAAGGAAGGGCUCAUAGUUGUUGAUGCUUACUCUGAAUGGUGUGGUCCAUGCAAGGCAAUCAUAAGCUCCUUAAAGAGGUUGAAGAAUGAGAUUGGAGAUGACCUUCUUAUUUUUGCUAUGGCUGAGACAGACAGCAUUGAUUCUUUGGAGAAAUACAGAAUGAGAAGCCAACCAACUUUUCUUUUCUAUGCUGCUGGAACACUGGUGAAUGUCAUCAGAGGAUGUCACUGUCCAAAGCUUUUAAAAACAAUCAGGAAAGAGCUGGAUCAUGAACACAAGGUUUUGGAAGGAAAUGCUGAAAGAGUUCCAUUUGUGGAUGAGGAGGUGGAGAAGGUUGUAAAGGAAGAGAAGAAGGAAGAAAUCACUCCUGAAGAAGAAGAGGAGGAGAUAGUUGCUGAAGAGAUGUUAAAGAGGGUUAGAAGCAGCCAGUUAGCUGUUAAACAGGAAGGUAGAGUCCAUUUACCCAAGCAAGUGACCGUGGCUGUUAUCAAACCUGAUGCUGUCAAGGCAGGCCUGGUUGAAGAAAUCAUCAGGAAGGUUGAGGAGGCUGGUAUUGAAGUUCUGAAGAUGGAGGAAAGAACGCUGACUAGGGAAGAAGCUGCAGAGUUCUACAAACAACACGAAGGCACUGAGCACUUUGACCAGCUAGUGGAAUUCAUGUCGAGUGGCCCUCUCAUGACAUUGGCAUUGAGUAAAGCCGGAGAGACCCCAGAAGCCCUGGAAGGUGUCAUUGAUAACUUCAGGGAACUGAUAGGACCAAAGGAUGUCAAUGUGGCAAAGGAGGAAGCACCAAACAGCUUGAGAGCAAUGUAUGGAACUGACACUGUCAUGAAUGCUGUACAUGGUUGUGAUUCAAAUGAAAGUGCUGCGAGGGAGCUGGCAUUCUUCUUCCCAGACUUUGCAGCACCAACGGUCGCCAACAAGCGAAAGAAGAGACAACUUCAAAGAACACUGGCUCUUAUCAGGCCUGAUGCCCUGCGAAGUAGGAGAGAGUCCAUCAUGUCUAAAAUACAGGAGGCUGGAUUUGAGAUUGCAAUGUCUAAGGAGAUGCACCUGACUCGUGAACAGGCGGAAGAGUUCUAUUCUGAACACAAAGACCAGGAGUUCUUUGAUACUCUUGUCACUAAUAUGAGCAGUGGACCCAUGAUGGCCCUGUGCUUGGCCAGAGAGGACGCUAUAGAGGGGUGGAGAGGUAUGCUCGGGCCCAAGGAGGUUGAGAAAGCGAAGGACGAGGCACCUGAAAGUUUAUCUGGAGAAGAUGGGGGUCAGGGUAUUACAAGUCUACGAGCUCAGUUCCAAGUUGAGGAUAGCCCUAUAAACCCGCUCCAUGGCUCUGAUACAGCGGAAAAUGCCGAGAAAGAGAUUCAGAAGUUCUUCCCCAUGCAAAGUACAGUCGCUGUCAUCAAACCUGAGGUUGAGCCUGAUCAGAGAGAACUCAUAAAACAGCGCAUCAAAGAAGCAGGAUUCAAGAUACAACUGCAAAAAGAAGUGACCUUAUCUAAAGAGCUUGCAUCUCAAUUCUAUCACGAGCAUGAGGGCAAAGAUUUCUUUGAGGGCCUCACCGACUACAUGUCAAGUGGACCAACCAUGUUUAUGGUUCUGUCGAAAGAGGACGCUGUCAGUGGAUGGAGGUCGCUGAUGGGUCCAGUAGACCCAGAACAGGCCAAGGAGAUGGCCCCAGAAUCGAUACGUGCUGCGCUUGGCAAAGAUGUUAUGAAGAAUGUAGUACAUGGUCCUUCAGAUCCCGAGAAAGCUGGAAAGGUCAUCAAAGAGUUCUUUCCUGAGGCCAAGAUACUACCUGAUGGCACUGUCAAAACACCAUCACCAUCACCUCAACCACCUGCUGAAGAACUUGUGGAAGAGAAGUUCAAUGAUCCAGUGGGCUUAGGGACUGGUGCUGUGUCAGAUGAAGCAUUCAGUGCAUCUUCAGUUCUUGAUGAAGGCCACAUAGCAGCACUUGCUCGACUAAAUGUCACUCCAGAUGGGGACCUCAAAGGUGGAUGGGCCGCAAAGGAUUCUGAUGACACCCAGUGGCUUCAAGUGGAUCUUGGCAAAGUCUACAGAAUAUGUCAAGUUGGCACACAAGGAGAGAGUGGAGAGAGCACUUCUCAUGUCAAGACAUACACAAUGUCGUACAGCAGGGAUGGCCAGAAUGUCCUGAGUUAUGGUGACAAAGAGCAACAGGUAUUUGAAGGAAAUUCUGACCAAGAUACUGUUGUAAUCAAUGACCUUGUACAACCUCUGCUGACCCAACAUAUAAGGAUCUGUCCUAAAACAUGGAAUGAACAGAUUGCUCUAAGAGCUGAAUUCUAUGGUGUUGAUGCCGAGAAAUUUACUGAACCUUGCGGAGUGGAAUCAGGGAGUUUACCAGAUGCUGCAUUGUCGGCCUCGUCAGAGUUGGAUGACAACCAUGCUGCCUGUCGAGGACGUCUUAAUAGUAAGAUAGAGGAUGACAAGCAAGCAUCAUGGGCAGCCAAGGAGAAUGACGAGAACCAGUGGCUGCAGGUGAACCUUGGCCAGGAAUGGGAGGUGACAAAGGUGUCAACCCAAGGCAAAGGUGGCGAGUCAUCGCAUCAUGUCACUAGCUAUACCCUGUCAUUCAGUACUGAUGGCCAGGAAUUCCAGGUGUACAAGGAAGGUGGUGAAGAUAAGGUGUUUCAGGGAAACACGGAUCAGGAAAGCGUGGUCUCAAACUGGCUCUGCUUACCAACCUGUGCAACCCAUGUCCGGCUGCAUCCUAAGACUUGGAAUGAACAUAUUGCACUUAGACUGGAAGUCUGUGGCCAUCCAAAAGCAGCAUCAAUAGCAAGCGCGGCAGAGCCGACACAGGAAGAAACUCCCCAAGAAACACCAGGAGAUCAGUCAACAGAACAGGGAAAUCCAGAGGUUGUAGAAACUCCCCCUGCUACUGCUGAGGAACCACAGCAAGGGUUACCAGCACCUGCUUCACAAGAAGACAGCCAAGCACAGCCAACAGAAACCAAACCAGAAGGUGCUGAAGACAAUCCAGAAAAUGCAGAAAAGCCAGGUGAGGUUUCUAAAGAGAGUGAACCUGAGGGGGAUGCCAAACCUUCUGAGGGUGGAGCGGCAGACGGAGAGACUGCUGAUCAAGGUGACAUGGCCACAGAAGCACCAGAAGGGGAGCCGGAGAAGCAAGGUGAGACUGCAACAGAAACACUAGAAGGGGAGCCAGAGAAGCAAGGUGAGACUGCAACAGAAACACCAGAAGGGGAGCCGGAGAAGCAAGGUGAAACUGCCACAGAAACACUAGAAGGGGAGCCGGAGAAGCAAGGUGAGACUGCAACAGAAACACCAGAAGGGGAGCCGGAGAAGCAAGGUGAAACUGCAACAGAAACACCAGAAGAGGAGCCAGAACCUGACACUGGUGACUUAGUUGGUCAAGCACAGGAGGGAGGUGAAGCUGCAGAGGUGCAACCUGACAAAGCAGAAGAGGGACAGGAGGGUGGGGAAUCCAAGCCUGCAGAUGGGGAAGCAGCUGCAAGUGAAGAGACCAAGCCCGAGGGGGAAGGAGGAAAGAUGAAGAAGAAACCCAUUGUUAUACAUGGCCCAAGCGGAAGUGGAAAAAGCACCCUUGUCAAACGCCUGAUGAAGGAAUACCCUGACACAUUUGGUUUCAGUGUCUCUCACACAACAAGACAACCUAGACCUGGUGAAAUAAAUGGAAAAGACUAUAAUUUUACCGAAAGAGGAAUAAUGGAGAAAGCAAUAGAGAAUGGAGAAUUUUUAGAAUUUGCUGAAUAUAAUCAAAAUCUUUAUGGCACAAGUAAAAAGGCAGUCCAGGAUGUAAUACAUGUUGGUAAAGUCUGCAUCCUCGACAUUGAUGUACAGGGUGUAAAAAAUGUGAAGAAAGCUGAAAUGAAAUGUCUGUAUAUAUUUGCAAAGCCACCAAGCUUAGAAGAGCUGGAAAAUAGGCUACGUGGCCGUGGCACUGAAACUGAUGACACUUUGCGGCAGAGAUUGGAAAUAGCCAAGAGCGAAUUAGCAUAUGGGGAAGAACCAGGCAAUGCAGACUAUACAAUCAUAAAUGAUGACCUUGACAAAGCAUAUACCGAGUUUAAAGACAUCAUAAGCAAGGAGAUCGUGCCAUUGUGAUGUCACUACGUCCUAUGCAGAAUUUGUUCACAUGAAGUCAGCCUUCUUCUCAUGACUGACUACCACAAAAAAACACAAUUCUCUGCUGUGAGGCAUUUAGUCUGGCAAGCGCUUGAUGGACAGAAUCACCAUGUUUCUGCUGUACUUUUAAUUGUUAAUAACUAGUGAUAUCCAUGCAUGAGAGCAUGUUAUUAGCGUCUCUUUCUUGUAAUUUUCAUACAUUUUUAUUGGAAAUAUCUCAUAUAUUUAUGCCUUUACUCGAUUAAUAUUUAAACUUUUUGACAAUGGUAUAUAUAAGCUUUUAAUCUAUAAUCUAUUAAGCUUUUUAUUUCUAUGCAAUUAUUGAAAUAUUUAAGAUAAUUUUAAGAGAAAGCUAGAAUUCUGUGCAAACAUCUCGUUAUUUGGAUUACAUGUUUUAGGGCCUUCACGUAAUUUCAGAAAUCCAAUUUUGCAAAUAAAACGCUCAAGAUGCCUGUAGAGGAGUCAUGCUGAAACAUCCAAAUUGUACAUUUGUUUUUUGUUCAAUGCCCCUGAUACAAGAAAAUAUAUGUUGUCAAUUGAAGCUGUAUCCAACUUA